UCUGGAAAAAAAAUUUAAUCAAAAUCAAAAUCCAGGAGAAUGAUCCAAGUGCUGUUUACUGUGAUAUUCGCCGAAAUGGCGUUAAUCCUGCUCCUCAUAUUCAAGACGCCAUUGAGAAAACUUGUAAUAAUGGGCCUGGACCGUGUUAAGAGAGGCCGGGGCCCAAUCGUCGUGAAAACUACUGGCGGCACCAUCUUCAUCGUCAUGCUGUCCUCCAUCUACAGUGUGGUGUCUAUCCACAAACGGUGGAUCGAUGAAGAUGGCAAUGUUACCCCAACUGAUCAGAUUCUUAUGGCUCAACAUCUUCUAGAAGCUUCUCUCAUGGGUUUUACCCUGUUUCUUGCUCUGAUGAUUGACAGACUGCACCACUAUAUAAGAGAACUGCGUAUGAGGAGGAAGAGCAUGGAAGCAGUGAACAAGCAAAACAGAGGUUUUGAGGAUGGGAAGAAUGGAGCUUCUGACGAUAUGAAGUCUUUGGAGGAAGAGGCAAGUGCAUUGCGUUUGAAAAUAAAGAAACUGGAGGCAACUGUCGAGGAAAAAGCUAAAGAAUCAAGUGAUGCAGAAGCCAAUGUAGUUGCUCUUAAAAAGCAAUCAGAGCAUUUUCUUCGUGAAAAUGAUAGCUUACAUGAGGAUAACCAGAAUCUUCGUGCUCAAGUGCAAUCACUGAAUCAGAGAUUGUCAAACUCUGAUGUUAAGAAGGCUUCAUAAGGAAUCAUGU